AUGCUACGAACAAGAUUUAAUCUACUUCGACAAUCAAUAGUAACUCCGAUUCUUUAUCAUCGUGAACAAAUCUCAUCUGAUCAUUCAAUUUUUUCAGACGAGACUCUAAAUCACCUAUUUUCUAAUCAGUCAUCAUUAGUUGUGGGCAAAGUUGUUCGUGAUCACUACGAGAAACUUCUUCAAGAGAAAUCUCGUACAUAUGACGACCUUCUUCGAGAGAAAUCUCGUACAUAUGAAUUUGUUGAAGAACUUUAUCGUACUGUUCUCGAUGAAAAACAACAAAUGAAGAGAGAAUUAAUGUACUUGAAAGGAAUUCUUCAUAGUCGAGGUCUUAUGGAAGAAUUUCGAGGUUAUUUACGUGGAAUUCUUCAACCAAGAACAAGUACACCAAUGUCUACCAAAAAACUUUAUAUGAAAAUGCUCGAAGUUGGUACUGAUCCAUCAAGAAAUAUGUCUAUUGUUACACCAUUAGUUGAAGAUUUAUUUUUAUGUUUUGGUCAUACAUUAUUUUGGAUCGAAUUUCUUCAUGAUUCAAAUUUAUCAAUUGAUAAUCAUACUCUUUUACAAUAUGCUAAAACAUUAGCUGAUCGAUUUUCGUCAGUGGAAGAAUUAUUAACAUGUAAUGAGAAUGAAUUAAUUAAUCUUGGCAUUACUAAUCAACUUGAUCGUACUUGUUUAAUUAAACAAGCAUCUCUUUUCGAUGAUAAAAAAAAUUUUGUAUUAACUCAACAAUUAGAUGUUUCAAAUCAUAUUCUUGACAAUUGCUAUGGUAAUAAUCCAUGUACUCUUUUAAAUCGAAAAUCAAAAUGUAAUUUAUCAUCAACAUUACUUUCUCGAAUAUCAUUUCAUAAUCAUUUUUCUUAUAAUGAAUUAACAAACGAUGAUGAAACAUGUCAUUUUGAACAUAUACUUGAGAAAUCAGAAAGAACUAUGAUAAAUGAUGAUAAUGAAAAAAUUCAAAAAUUAAUUGAAUCAUAUCAGAAAAAAACUCAAUCAAUAUCAAGUCAUGGAAUGCGACCAAUAAAGAAGCGUACUACUGGUACUGAUCAUCUUAAAAGACUUAAUUUAUCAAGAUCAUUAUUUACGCGACAAACAAGAUCAGUAACAAAAAAGAUAUCAAAUAUAACCCAUAAAAUUAUAAAUCCAUUGAUAAAAAUAAAAAAUAAAAAGGAUCAGAUAUUAAAACAAAUCCAUGAAAUUGAUGAAUUAGAAUUAAACGAACAUCAACAAACACAAGUUUUCAGUUUUCAUAAUGAAAGUCAACAAUCAAUGGAUUUAAAUUCUUAUCAAGAUACAGACGAAUCAAAACGUAAUAUUCAACUUGUUCAAACAUUAAUUAAUAAACGAUUCAAACUUGGUGCUACAACAACAUUUUUAACACGAUCACUUGCUAAUUAUGAUUAUAUGAAAUAG